GGCUCGGCGUCACGCAGUGCCGAUCAUUGUCUCCCUCACACUUUCUAACGAGCCAUUUCACAACAUCCACACUGCGGACGGAGCUCGCCACGGAGCGGAGCAUAGCAGAGCAGCGCCGCGCAGUUUCCUUCUUCUUUGCAAUUAAGUGUUCGGAUUAAACGCGCAGAUGUGGCCACUUGUGGGACUUGGUGUCACAUUAUGUGUGUUUAUCGAUCGACUGGCGCUCGUUUGCAAAUAGCACAAGUGAUUGGCUUCGCUCUGAAUGAAGCUCCAGGCACUUUUUGUCUCCGCGCUGGACGUCAUGUGCACGUUGGCGAAUUUGUCGCGCAGAGUCGCCGAGUGAGCGCGAUUGCGGAUUACACUGACACUGGAAGCGUUUAUUUGCUUUGAAAAAGAGGGGCUUUCCCAGGCGGCGUGGCGUGGGCGUCUGGUCCACCGUCCUCUGGGUUCCCGGAGGACUCCAUGCAGUCGCAAAGGCAGAGGAGUGAAGGGCGACCCCGAGCUGGAUGGAUGGUUAUGGGGAAGAGAGGCAGACCCUCGGCGCUUCAAGUGUGCAGAGUCCUCGCUCUCUUCUUAUCACUCUUCCCUACAGCAAGUCUACAGUGCAAGAUCCUCAAGUGCAACUCAGAAUUUUGGGCCUCCACAAGCAACUCGGGGCCGGAGGAGGACUUCUGCACGGCGCUGCGUGCGUACAAUAGCUGCGUGCGGCGAACCGCCCGCACCUGCCGGGGCGACUUGGCGUACCACUCGGCCCAGCACGGCAUCGAGGACCUCAUGAGCCAGCACAACUGCUCCAAGGAGGGACCCACGUCGCAGCCACGUGCCCGCACCCAGCUCCCGGCCGCGCCGUCGCCGCCCGACAGCCAGGAGCGCUCGGACGGCCCGGAGGUGUGCCACUACGAGCGCAGCUUCCCGCGUAACGCCGUUCGGCCCAAUUUCACGCACUGCGGCUUCUUCGGGGACCCCCACUUGAGAACCUUUGGAGAUGACUUCCAGACGUGCAAGGUGGAGGGCGCCUGGCCGCUCAUUCACAACAAGUACCUGUCGGUCCAGGUGACCAACACCCCCGUGUUGCCCGGGUCCUCCGCCACGGCCACGAGCAAGCUGACAAUCAUCUUCAAGAACUUCCAGGAGUGCGUGGACCAGAAGACGUAUCACGCCGAGACGGACGAGCUCCCCGCCGCCUUUGCCGACGGCUCCAAGAACGGCGGCGAGCGGCACGGCGCCAACGCCCUCCGCGUGGUGGAAAAGGUGCCCGGCCAGCACGUGGAGAUUCAGGCUCGCUACAUCGGCACCACGCUGGUGGUGCGGCAGGUGGGCCGCUACCUGACCUUCGCUGUGCGCAUGCCCGAGGAGGUGGUGCGCUCGGUGGAGGAGGAUGACGGUGGCGACGGCGAGCAGGACUUGUAUCUGUGUCUGCACGGCUGCCCCGCCAACCAGCGUAUGGACUUCAGGAAGCUGCGCAACCAGGCGGGCGGCUUCAGCUACCAGGCGGCCAGGGCCAAGUGUAAGGAGCGUCUGCCCGUGGAGGAUGUCUACUUCCAGUCGUGCGUCUUUGACCUGCUCUCAUCCGGGGACAUCAACUUCACCAUGGCCGCUUACUACGCCCUGGAGGACGUCAAGACGCUGCACUCCAACAACAAGCGCUAUCACAUCUUUGACAAGGACGCCUUUGCUAGCUGCGCCGCGGCGCAUUGCUUCUCACUCCAGUUCGUCGUCGCCCUCUUGUGGUGCACGCUUGCUCUUUAGCCACUCCAAUGAGUCCUUGGGAAUGUUCGCCUGGGGCGGUUGAGGGGUUGCUUCAUCCAACCCAAGCCAGACAAGUCCGAGAAGGACAACAUGAGGGCUUUUUGGUCGUUUUGGUGUCCCCUCCGCCGUCGGGAAUGUGAAAGCAUCUCAGCGUAUAGGCGCCUCAUUCAGUGAACGUCUUUCUUUUCAAGGAGCCACACUCAAUACAGUUUUCUCAUUUUCAAGACAGAAGCAAGCUUGCUUCAAGCCGUUUAUGAAGUUUACUGUCAAAUUUGUCCAUAGAACUAAAAAAAAAAAAUCCACAACAUACAGUAAGUAGUAGUCACUGUAUUGUUUGUUCGACUAUCGUUACAUUUAUUUUACAAAGGUGUUAGGUUAAAGAAAAAAUGCAGCAUCUUACAAUUUUGGUUUCGCAAUUACAAUGACAGACACCUCAUUUACUUUAUUGGGCUACAUUGAAUUAUUUGUCAGGCCUUGUGACACCUAAGAAAAGCAGCGCUGACAAAAAAAAAAUAAAAAAAUCUCCCAUCUGCUGUGGAGAUAAAUGAUUCCUAUUUUUUGGUUGUGUGAACAUAGGACAGUUUUUUAGCAUCUGUGGUACAUUUUGUGGGCACAGUACUUGUGGGUACCCCCACAAAUGGCAAAAAAACGGUCCACUCGAAUUUUUUACAAUUGCUUAAAUUAAUUGGAGAGUCAUACAUUUUGUUUCCUUCCAAAAACUGCAUGAAUGUUCAUCAAAAUAUUACGUAUGUGGUAACAGCACUCAGUGUGUGUAGACGACUAAGAAUUUAAAAUCAGAAGUCGUGGAAAAGUAUGGCAAGCAACGUAAUCAACAAUUAAUGUUAAUGCAGAAUUUGGUAGGGGGGGGGAGAUUUCUAUACAAAAUGAAACAAAUCCGUGAACUUUUUUUCCUUUUAUGGGCUACGUAAAAUGAUGUGGAGUACCCCAGGGCUUUGAGUUUGACACCCUUUCGUUUGAACCACAAACAUACACUUGAUGUACUUUUUUUUUUUUUUGCGGGGGUCACGAUUUGAGGCAAAAAAGGGAACGAUUCCUGUGGAAGUGAUUUGAGGGCUUGAGUCUUUGCCAGAGAAAUGAGCCUCUGUGCCAACAUCUUUAGGACUGAAUUUUGACAGCGACACUUGUACGGGCAGCUGUUAGUCCUGGUUUCAACGUGAGCUCUCGAGUGUGCUCUUAUCCAUCCUUGUUUGACUUUAACACUGAAGUAUUUGUCACUGCUGGCUGCCUUUUUUGAUUUUUUUGUUUUGGGGUGCUUUGACGACAGUGAUGCAAUUUAAGUGAUUGUAAUGUGGAAUCUGAAUCUUGUGUUUGUAGAUGUGGUUUGUAUUGUGAUUUUUAUAGUAGCUGACGUGAGAUUGUACAUAAAGUGUGUAAAGUUGUGUUAAUUUGACUUACUGUGAAUGUGAAAUAUAAUGUUGAGAUUUUUUUUUUUUUUUGCAGAGACAUGAUCAGCACACAACACAAUGGUCAACUUUUGUGUUUUUUGCUGCUCAUGAUUGCCAAAUGAACGCACUUUAUGUUUUUAUUCAGCUCAUGUUGAUGUUGUUUGAAAUUCAAAAGGAAUUAAUAAGAAUAAUAAAACAGCUGGGAAAUGCCCGAAGAGAUCAAACUGUAGGUUUAAAAAAAAAAAAGCGGUGCAACACACACACACCAGCUGUUUAUAAUGUUAUUUAUUGAAUAAAAGAAAAUGUGUUGUUAGUGAA